AUGGACCGCCACACACCCCAUGUUCUCUCCCCAGUUCCAGAAGAAGAGGUCAAAACCCAGGAGGAUGUGAGAGAUAACAAAGAGCAGGAUGAGAGGAAGGAUGGGAAAACCGCUGUAUCCGAGACCGAAUCAGACUCUGACGACGAUGGCGCCCUCCCGCUCGAAAUCGACGUCCACGGGCUCAAGGCAAGGGUAUACCUCAACUGCGCAGACAUCGAUAUCAUUCCGGCCAGAUACCUCGAGAAAGCAGAUUGCUCUUAUCUCCUCAAACGAAACCCGUGGAUCUUCCGCGCCGCAAAAGACGGCCGUGAGGUAGACAUCAGAAGAUGGUCAAAGGUCGACAUCCGGUUCCGUGGCGUGUUCAAGACCCUGAAGAAGGUUCCACCCUUUAAGCAUGGCCUAUAUGAUAGCGAUGGCACUGGUAGUUGGCGCAAGAGCUCAAGUACGGGUCCGUCGUCUUCAUCUUCAUCUACCUCGAAGAAGAUCGAUUUCGAAGAGGCGGUUAAGGCGCAAGGACAGGUUGUUUAUGCUCUUCUUGACGAGAUUUCGAAUAUGUUUAAGCUUCGUCGUGAGAUGGACGAUCAUCGACAGUUCUUUUUUCUGAGACCGAGACUGGUUUCUUGCAAGCCAGAGUACUGGACUGGGUACCGCGCGAAGCAUCGGGAUUCACCCUACACCGCGGGUUCGCUUUCGCUGGACUAUGAACCCUACCGGGGUAUGCCGCAUGUCGUUGUACCUGUCGUGACGACAGCCGACCGCAAACAUUCCCUCAAGAAAGCCCUAGAAGGCGAAUUCAAGCUCCUCCUUGCCCAAUACUUGGCUAAUAUCCACUGUCUCUCGCCUCCCGGCGACAAACUCCCAGACCAAGAAGGCUUCCUCAUCAGCCUCCACGGCUCCAAACUGCACAUUCUCCGCGGUAUCUUCCCAGGCCAAAAGACCUCGAGGGUCUGGUGCGGCCGACACAAACCCUCGGACAUCGAGACAACCAGCACAAACGGCCACGUGCCGAGAAUGAACAUGAACGAGCGGUUCUAUAGCAAGACGAAUAUCGAGCGGUUCAUGGAGCAGGUAGAAUGGGACCAGCUCUCGAACCCGGAUAACGAGAGCGGACCGCGCUCGUUCCAGAUCCUGGCGAGCCGCGAGUUUGACCUGUGGAUGAAGUGGGAGUUUCUGGCUGCGCAGAAGAUGCUAUGUGGGAUGCUGAUGUACCUUAUGAGCGGGCAGGCGAGGUGUGGGGUGCUCCAGGAAGUGUUUGGCAAGUACCCGUAUGACGAGGGGUAUGAUCCUGAUAGUGAGGAUGAGAAGGAGAUGGAGGAGAAAGAGGUGAAGAUGAGAGAGUUUGAGGAAAAGAAGCGUGAGGAGGGUAAGGCUAAAGCCGUUGAGCGUGAGAAUAGGAGGAUUUCGAUGAAGGAUAAGAUCGGGGGUCUUGCGGAGGGACUUUGCCAGCCAUGGUGGGACUGGGUGUGGGAUGACAAGAAGAACGAGAAGCGUGCAAAGAAGGCAGAGGAUGAAUUGAUCGUUGGCGGACCUUGA